AUGCAAACGCAAAGAGUCGCGUCGCGCAUGGGCAAGCUGGGUACCGAGACGGCCUUUGCUGUUUCGCUCGAGGCCGCCAAGGUUGCCGAGACUGGCAAGAAGGUGUACCCGUUCCACAUUGGCGACCUCGAUUUCGCCUCCCCCGAUUUCGUGGUGCAGUCGAUGAACAAGGCGAUUGCCGACGGCAAGACGGGCUACUGCGCUGGUGCCGGCAUAUUGCCCCUCCGCAAGCGCCUGGCCGAGGUGCUGGGUGAGCAGCGAGGCGUCACCUACGGGCCUGAGCACAUCUCGGUCCAGAGCGGCGGCAAGCCGGUCAUCACCAAGUUCUUCUCCUCGGUCAUGGAAGUCGGCGACGAGGUGCUCUACCCGAGCCCUGGCUACCCCAUCUACGAGUCCCAGAUUCAGUACCUCGGUGGCGUCCUCAAGCCCUACACCUACAUCGAGAAGGAGGACGGCUUCGCCCUCGAUUUGGACGGCCUGCGAAGUCAGAUUACGUCCAAGACCAAGGUUCUCGUGUACAACAACUACCAGAACCCCAUGGGAAUUGCCAGCUCUGAUGAAGAGAUGGCUGAGAUUGCCAAGAUCGCCAUCGAGCACGACCUGUUGGUUCUCUCGGACGAGGCCUACUUCAACAUCCUCUACGACGGCGUCAAGGGAAAGAGCAUCGUCUCGCUUCCUGGCAUGUACGACCGCACGGUCAUCCUCUACACUUACUCCAAGUCGUGGGCCAUGACCGGCUGGCGUCUGGGCGCUGCCGUUGGUCCUCAGUGGAUCAUCAACCUCAUCAACAAGCUCAACACCAACGACGAGUCGUGCACCACCCACUUCAUCCAGUGGGCCGGCAUCGAGUGCCUGACCAAGGAGGGCGAGAAGUACACCGCCGAGGUCGUCAGCAAGCUGCAGGAGAGGCGGGACGUGCUGGUCGAGGCCAUGCGGAAGGUGCCCGGCUUCAAGUGCCACUCGCCUCCUGCUGCGUUCUACCUCUUCGUCAACGUGACCGAGGCCAUGGAGAAGCUGGGCCUCACCAACUACGAAGAAUUCAGAAGGAACAUUCUGGACGCUACUGGCGUGGCGUUCUGCACGAGGGAGCACUUUGGUGCUUCGCUGCCGGGCGAGACGCAGAAAUACGUCAGGUUUGCCUACUCGGGCAUUGGGCUCAAGGAUAUCCAGGAGGCCUGCGAGCAGCUGAAGAACUUCAUGGAGAAGGUGUACAAGAGCGAGACCUCCACUGCCUAA